AUGAUUCUCCUCCAAACGCUCGUUGUACAGAUUCGCCAGGGGACUGUGAGAGUCAAGACCUUCGUCAGCUGGUGGUGGCCACGCCUGCUUUCCCUUGUGGACGCUUCAACACUCAGACUGUGCAAAAUGGCCCACGGAGGAGGGGCCAGGUCCUGCCAGGACAUGCCCUUGGAUAGUUCGACCGAGGUGGUGCGGGUCGAGGGUAAGCACGGGAGGACCAGGAAGGACGGACGCUUCGUAUUCCGUGUUUCGACAGGAACUCCCAGAGGCCUGACGAACAAACGGUGGGAGCUCGAUGCGGGAAGCUCCGCAGAUUUGGACAAGUGGAUGUCGGUCCUGGAGGGUGUCACAACGCGUGAUACCCAGAAGGAGACCGAUUUUUUUGGGGACACGACGCGGGCGGGUGACUUGGGGAACUCGUUCAAGUUCUCCAUGGAGCUCGGGCCGUUCACGUUCGCCCGUCGCCCGCCUUCCGCGGCGACAGCAUUUCUGUCGAUGACUACCCGCUCAUCCCGGGUCAAUUCUUGUCGACGGCACCGGUCGUCGAUUCCGCUAACCUGGGGUUGACGGAGGUCGGGGACCUGAUUCUUCGGCAGGGCGACAUCCCGGCCUACCCCACGGACGACACACCGCUGUGGGCCCACCGUGUUACGGGGUCGGUCGGGGGUACUGCCAACGGGGGGCUAGGGUGUGCUGUGGAGGCAUGGUGGGAGAGA